UCUGCCUUUCAUAUUUUAGCAAAUCCACGCUUUUGGUUUUGCUAAUUUCAUCAAUAUUGAAGUAUUUUCUCAACUUUCCAAUUGAAAAAGUAUCGAAAGCGACAAAUCUGACACAUCGCUCCGUGAAAUCAACGCGCAAUGACUGAAGAACUCGCUAAAAAUGGAGAAUUUGCUCCAUUUAACGCCCCGGAAUUGCAGUACAACGAAGAAGGAUGGGGCCCAUCGCAAGAAAUCCAAGAAGAUUUCAUCUACCAACCGUUCAGCAAGAGCGAUCGUCUUGGCAAGAUCAGCGAUUGGACUGGAACAGCGACGCAGGACAAAAAGUUCAUGAACAAAUAUGCGUCGGCUUUCGGUGCUGGCAGUCAAUACGCCUAUUAUCACGACGAGGACGAGUCAACGUUCCAUCUGGUAGAUACGGCUCGCAUCCAGAAGCCGCCGCAUCAACGAGGUCGCUUCCGUGGCGGUUUGCGGAAUCGCGGAGGGCGCAAUGCGAAAAUGACUCCGAGCGGCAUGACGACGUUGGGCGGCAAAACGACGCAGAAACGCGAUCAAAGACGCGGAAAUACGCGUAAAUGGGGCAUGCGAGGUCCGCCGCCAAAGAUUCGUGAUGCCUCGGUAGCAGUUCGCCCGGAUUGGUCGACGAUCGAGGAGAUGGAUUUUCCGCGUUUGGCAAAGUUGUCGUUGCCGAAUGUCAAGGAACCCGAAGAUAUCAUGUGUUGCGGCGUCCUGGAGUACUAUGACAAGGUCUAUGAUCGCGUCAACGUGAAAAAUGAGAAGCCGCUGAAGGGUGUCGAUCGUAUUUUCCAUACUGUGACAACGACGGACGACCCAAUUAUCCGAAAAUUGUCGAAAACUGUGGGAAAUGUUUACGCCACAGACGCGAUUUUGGCGACAAUUAUGUGCUGCACGCGCUCCAACUACUCCUGGGACAUUGUCAUCGAGAAAAUCGGCGAUAAACUCUUCAUGGACAAGCGCGAUAACACAGAAUUCGAUUUGUUGACCGUGAAUGAGACGUCCCAAGAGCCUCCAGCUGACGAUGCAAAUUCUUUGAACUCGCCACGUAAUUUGGCGAUCGAAGCUACCUUCAUUAACCACAAUUUCAGCCAGCAAGUCCUCAAAAGUGGCGAAAAAGAGCCCAAAUACAAAUUCGACAACCCCAAUCCCUUCAUUACCGAAGACGAGGAAGGCGAAGUUGCCUCCGUCGCGUAUCGUUAUCGCAAAUGGGACCUCGGUUCGGGCAUUGUUCUCGUUGCACGUAGCGAACAUGAUGCCGUUAUGCAAUCCCCGACGGGCGACACGCAAUUUAUCACGAUCAAGGCGUUGAACGAAUGGGACUCGAAAGCUGCCAAUGGCGUGGAAUGGCGUCAAAAGCUCGAUACACAACGUGGUGCCGUUUUAGCGAACGAACUCCGUAAUAACGCAUGCAAAUUGGCAAAAUGGACAGUUCAAGCGUUACUUGCCGGCUCGGAUCAAAUUAAAUUCGGUUACGUUUCGCGUGCACAUGUUAAGGACAGCUCGCGUCACGUCAUUUUGGGCACGCAACAAUUCAAACCGAACGAAUUUGCGACGCAAAUUAACUUGAGUAUGGAUAACGCUUGGGGUAUCCUGCGGUGCGUUUGCGAUAUUUUGAUGAAGCAGAAAGACGGCAAAUAUCUCAUCAUGAAAGAUCCGAACAAGCCGAUGAUUCGGUUGUACGACAUCCCUGACAACACGUUCGAGAGUGAUGGGUCCGAGGAAUCUGGCGACGAUAAUGAAGCUUUUCAACCAAUGUACUCGUAUUCCGGAGCUGCCAACAAACGGAGUUAAGGCGAUUCGAUAUUUAAUUAAUUAAAAAAAAAUAAUUAAUCAUUUGGAAAUGGUUUUUACAUUCAAUUAAAAAAAAAAGUGCAGAAGAUAAAAAAUA